CCCCCCCUCCGUCGUUUCCCUCCACGCCGGAGGAGCGCCGCCACCGGGGAGCCGAGGGCCGGGCCGGGCUGUUCGGCACCAGCACCGACAGUUCAGGUGCACCGGCGGGAGCAGGGGAACCAACCCUUCCCGAGGUGCUGUAACCUCGGUGGGCUUCGGGAGAGGAGGAAAGUUGCUCCCUUUCCUGCAGCAAGCCCAGGAGCUGCUGAACUGGCCUCACCUGGAAGGACUGAGCAGUUCCCACCUUUCCCAUCAGGUGCCUUUGCCGCAGCAAAACCACGGUAUCCGGGAGACCACGGGGAGCAGAAUAACACCCCCCCUCCUCCCCGCCCCUCCCGCUCUCGCUACACAUCGCUUGUUAUCUUCUCUGUCUCGCCGUGCUCCCGGGAUCACAGGAGGAUCUAUAACUGUGAUCUGUCACCGAGGAGAAGGUCGUGGAUGAACUCCCUUCCAGCAGGGCAACGAAUCACUUCUCGGCUGCUUAUUAUUAUCGUGUUCUAAGACCAGCCCUUUCCUGCUAAACUUGGCCUGGGAGCGUACAGCAGGAGGGGGCGCGGGGGGUGGAGAGCCAAGCCCAACAGCAUCUCGUGUGUUUGACUUUUUUUUCUUUCCCCUUCCCUCCUCCUUCCUUGAGACAGUUUGAUGAAUGCCUGCGAGAGGGGUAUGAUUUGCUAAGGCGCCUCUGGCAGGGCGGUGUGUGCGCGGUGUCAGCCCCGCCGCCGCCCCCCGUGGGGCUCUGAGCGGCCCGCGGCGGGGGACGCGCGUGGGAGCGGCUGCAGCGCUGCUCGGGCCGCCGCGCAGAGAGCGCCGCUGGGGCGGACCGAGCUCCGCGGCCUCUCACCGGGGCUCAGCGGGGCAUCACGGCUUUGGAAGGGGCGAGGAGGAAGAUAAGUAGAUCGCCCAACUCCGCCGCACCCUGAGCCCUGUGGGUUUGCUUCGCCAUCGCAGGGAGCGUGUGAAGACUAGACUCCAAGUGCCGCCUCUCCCCGCCACCGACGGGCUUAGCGAGGGACGGCCCGGGCCCGGCCCCGCGCCCAGCGAAGUUGCCUUCAACCGCGGAGCGGUGCCACCCGCCUCACUUUGCCGGGGUUGUUUUCUUGACUUGGCUUUGGAUAGAACGGACUUCCCUGUCUCCGCACCCUGAAAGUUGCCGGAGCGCUCCCCGCGGCGAGGAGGAGGGCGGCGCGCCCCGCGCCUCCCCGGGGCCGAGGCCGGUGGGCCCGGGCGGUGAUGAUGUGCGGCUGGGGGAAGCUCACCCUGUCCCUGGGGCUGCUGCUGGCGAUGGCGGGCGCGGUGGCGCCGCAGCCGUGCCCGGCGCAGUGCUCCUGCUCGGGCAGCACCGUGGAUUGUCACGGGCUGGCGCUACGCGGCGUCCCGAGGAACAUCCCCCGCAACACCGAGAGGCUGGAUCUUAAUGGAAAUAACAUCACAAGAAUCACGAAGACCGACUUUGCUGGUCUAAGGCAUCUUCGAGUUCUUCAGCUCAUGGAAAACAAGAUUAGUACUAUUGAGAGAGGAGCAUUCCAGGAUUUAAAAGAGCUGGAGAGGCUGCGCCUAAACAGAAAUAACCUCCAGUUGCUUUCUGAACUGCUCUUUCUGGGGACGCCGAAGUUAUACAGGCUGAAAUUGCUGAGCAGCAAAGAAGAUGUCUGGAGCUCUCUGAAGGAUGGGGGAUCCAAGUAGAAAGUGAAGAAGAAACAUGCUAGCAUUCAGACCCUUUCCACUCUUGAAGAAGCAAGGAUGCUUCUGUCAGCUGGGAAGAGGAAGGUUUGUGAUCACCAAGAAAGAGGAGAGUGAUUUAAAUAAAUGAAUUGAUAAUACAGCAAGGGACUUUUUAUGAGAUACGAAAUAGAAGAGACAAUAAAACUGCAUCUAGAAAU